AUGUGCGAUCCGCGCCAGGUCGAGAUCGACGGCACCGGCGUUGCCUGCGCCACGGGAUCCUCGGAGGGCAGUGCCGUGGCAGCCGCCCUGCUGCGCAUCACGCUGGACGUGACGAUCGGCGCCGUGGCCGAGAAGUUCGGCGAGGAGCUGGGCCAGAGCCUGGGCGCCGAGCUGGAGGAGGCGAUCAACUCCGCGGAGGCGUCCUCCAGUGGCGAGGCGAUCUCGGCGGCCCUGGCGGAGGCCUACGCGGCGGCCUUCAGCGAGGUCUGCACCACCGGCGGGCCAGUGAGGGAUGCGCAGCAGAGCGUGGCGGAUCAGGCGGCGGUGGCGUACGGCACCCUGUUCGGCAGGGCGGCUAUCCGGCUGUGCCAGGCGCGGGGGUUCGGCACGGAUGGCGUGACCUUCGAGAGCACGGAGCUGACGGCCGACGCGGACAUCAACGGCACCGUGGCACAGGACGUUGUAAACUUCACGGAGGGCAACGCUGCCGUGGGGGGAUCUCAGCCCGUGUCGUGCGAAGGAACCGAGCUGGAG